GCGAACGCAAAGAAAGUAGAAUAAUGGAAGAAACGCUUUUAUGCCUCCUUUUUUUGGAAGAAGAGGAAAAGAACAAAAAGAGGGACAGGCAAUGGUGUGUGCGACCAUUGAAUCGGAAAAGGCCAGCAGAUGGAGAGUUUAGCACUUUGGUCCAAGAGAUGCGGAGUAUUGACCCCGAGAAGCAUUAUCAAUAUUUCCGAAUGUCUGCUUUAAAGUUUGACGAUUUGUUACGUCGCAUCGCUCCCUACAUUCAGCACAAGCAGACACAUUGUGCUCCAGUUGGUGCGGCAGAAAGGUUAGCCGUAACCUUGCGAUUCUUGUCAACAGGAGCUUCGCUUAGUAGCAUAGCCGCAAGCUACAGGUUGGGCAGCCGGACUGUUUCCAAAUUGAUCCCUGAGGUGUGCCAAGCAAUUUGGAAUUGUCUGCAGCCCGAGUAUGUUGCUGUACCAUCGCAAGCGCAAUGGUUUGACAUCGCACAGGACUUCUGGCGAAUUUGGAACUUUCCUCUGUGCGUUGGUGCCAUAGAUGGAAAGCACAUUCAAAUCAGGGCCCCUCCAAAUGCUGGUAGUGACUUUUUUAAUUACAAGGGGACUCAUUCCAUUGUAUUGAUGGCGGCAUGUGAUGCACAUUACCGCUUCACAAUGGUGGAUAUUGGUGCUUACGGUCGUGAAAGUGAUGGAGGCAUCUUUAAAGAGAGCGAGUUUGGCUCCAAAAUCCUUGAUGGAACCCUGGGUCUGCCAAUGCCAGCUAUCCUGCCGGGCACCAACAUUGUGAGCCCCUAUACUUUUGUCGGAGAUGCGGCUUUCCCACUACACACAAACCUGAUGCGACCAUAUCCUGGAAAAAACCUCACUCUGGAACAACAGGUAUACAACUACCGACAUUCCCGUUCCAGAAGAAUCAUUGAGAAUGCUUUUGGUAUUUUGGCAUCACGGUGGAGGAUCUUUGGUCGGCCCAUUGACUGCAGCACAACAAACACUGUGCACAUUGUAAAGGCUUGCGUGGCGUUGCACAAUUUUUUGGCCCACACAGACAAAGACAAUCCAUGCAACAACCGAUACAUUCUUGUUAACUAUACAGACAGUACAAAUGCAACAGGGGAUACUGUUUUGGGAGACUGGAGACGCGUUGUCGAUGGUGACAAUAACCUUCUUGACCCACAGCAACUCUCUGCAGGACGAGCUACACGAGCGGCCAUUCUGACCAGAAACAAUCUGGCCAUGUUUUUUCAAUCGACACAAGGCAGUCUACCAUGGCAAGGACGAGUGGUAGCAAGAGGACUGCUAAACCCUCAGUGACAUUAAAAACUUUGUGACGUUGAUAAUGAAGAGAUCACAUUUCCAAUUUUCAUUUUGUACAUAUAAUUUUUUGUUCUAUGCAAAGAAAUGUUUCGCUACUCAA